AUGGCAAUCGUCGAUGAGGCUCCCGGGCUCGAAGUUCAUGUCCAAGCUGAUGGCAACCCGCUUCGCGAGUACAUCGACCGCCAUACCACCGUAUCGGAAGCUAUCUCCGAAAGCUACAUCGAAGCCAAGUCAGACUCAACAUUCGAAGUUCACUAUUCUUUCAAGGCGCCGUUCCCCGUCGACCGUCCUGUGUCUAUGAUCGUCACCAUCGACGGCAAGGAUGUUGAUGAGCCGCUUAUUCGCCCCGACGAGCUGUACGACGCAAAUGGCCACGUCAGCUCUGGACCGAUAUCGAACGAUGGGAAGGACUGGUUCACGCAGCACUAUCGCUUUUCGCCGCUUGAUAUCAGGGAGUACAGCGAGGGGCGCAUCCCAGAAGACAUGCAGAGCAAACUACAGCCUAUCGGCAUCAUAACUUGCGAGUUCUACUUCCUCGACAACGCAAGACGCAAUCCAAAGAUGGUCUUUGUACAGAAGGAGUUGGAGAAGCUGGAUGCGGUCAACGAGAAGGCUAUUAAGGGCGAGUCGCUGUCGCAUCAGGCAGUUCUCGGCGAUACAGAGCCCACAGAAGAGAUUCAGUACUACGAUGCGGACUAUGCUGAUGGCGGAGAACCGUUUGCGACAUUCCACUUCUACUAUCGCUCACUCGCUGCGCUCAAAGACCUUCACAUAAUCGAACGUACGCCUGAUCCAGUCGACGUUCUCGACAGCGAUGAUAUGGUGCUCGGGCAGUUGAACAGGGAACAACUAGAGUCUAUCGUCCGCCGCUUCAGAGAUCAAGAAGAGACCCGUGUACGCAUGAAGCGCGAGCUUUCCGAUACCUCCACCGUGGCAGGCGACGACCACAACGUCGACAGUCGAGCCAUAGCUUGCGACGACGACUUCAUCGAGAUACGUUCAGUUGAUCUGCGCAAGAAGAGGAAGCUUGAACGUGUCAGACAGAUGCCAAGCGAUGAAACCGAAGUCAUUGUGUUGGACUGA